GAAGGAUACGGAAGGAGGAAGAGCGGUGGAAAUGUUUAAUGAGAAAAUCAGAGAUAAGCAAACGUUGUGCCACUGACUCCCUGGUAUGUAUGUAACGUUAGAUGGCCAUCUCUGUGCCUCAUCACCUCUGAGAUUUUUCCACUGACAUUCACCUCGAGAAACUACAAAGAGGUAAAAACUACAGUGGCUUGCCGUGUUUUUGCUAUAGUGCCUCGCUUUGAUAUAAAUCCUCAGGGUAAAAAAAACACCUUCCUUUUGCAGCGAAAGCAAAGGCUGUGAGGGAUCUUUCAUGAAACAAGCUUAGUUCCUCUGGAGGACUGACAUCCCCAUUUUUAAGGCCUAAUUGCAUGAAGUCUCCUGUGAUAAUUUCUUAGACAGCAAGGGAAAGCUGUUGGAGCCAGCCUCCAGCAUGGAGAGGCUCGAGCCCAGCAGGUCGGUGUGGUGGGCUUGAUAGGGCAACAAAGAGAUCCAAAGAACUGAGCAACAGCAAUCCUGUCCUAUGCGCUUAGAGCUCUUUUUUUUCCCUCAUCCAUUACUAACACAAAUUCCUUGGGUUGAUCAAUAUUAAAAGGGCUCACUUAAAGGCACGUUUUCUUUGCGACUCACCUCUGUUUUUAUACCAUUCUUAUGAUAAAGGAACGCUCUGUAGUAUCAAGUUAUCACUGCUUGAGAGUGGAGGCAGUGCUCAUAAAAAGGCAUUGGUCUGACACUGGGCUGAUGUUGUCCAACACUCUGGAUUCAUCAAGCAAGGCUGGACUUCCUACCUUCACGUUGGAGCUGCUGAUGUACACUUUCUUCCUCAGCUUUGUCCCCCAUAUAAUGUCACAGUCCCCUGGCUCCAUUUGCUGCCAUGUGGGGUAUGGGUUCUUGUUUCCUGAGAUGACAGCCAUGAAAGGAUGGCUGGGCAGCUGCUGCUAUCUCCCCUCCAUUGGGAGCUAGAGCCUUGUGUGCAUUAAAGCCUUCCUUCUCCUCAGCAGUUCAGAUGGCUGUGUGUCUGUCAGAGCAGGUACAAUUUCUCAGGUUCUCCAUCUAAACCUUUUUUUAAAGCUAUUUCAGUGUGAUUUGACAGCCAAAGGUCUGUACGCUGGUUUGUAGGAUUUCAGCCCCCACAUUUAACCUGACCAUCACAGCCCCCUCAUAAACCUUAAGUAACAGCGAUUUUUAAAGCCCUCUGCUGCGUUGAUUUAUAUAUUUUUCUGCAGCAUCAGCAUUGCUUUAAAGGACAAAGGUUUUUAUAAUACAGUUGUAAAUUAUUUUUCUAAGUAUCUUAAGUGCCUCCUGGGAACGCCUGAUCACUUGAGAUGCUUUGUAAUUUAUUUCUUCUCAUGUUUUUCAGCAAGUGCAAUAAAGCAUUUGUAAAUACCCCAGGAUGAAGAUCGUUACAGAUGGCACUGACAUGCACCAGGCUCACGUGGAAAUCCUUGUAUCACUGCAUGAAGGAAAAAGGAGAUAGGAAUGAUAAGCCUGAAGUUUUCCUGAGCCUAUGUGACAGGUGUGAGCAGCUGAAGCUCGUGGAAAAAGUUCUAAACAUGAUAGUUUUCCUUUCUAAAUCCUCUUUCUAGGGUCCUCACUGGCAUCUCUCUCUGCUGCGUUCUGACUUGUGCUCUGAAGCCAGCUGUUCAACUGGUUCAACUCUGAAGCCAGCUGGCUCAAAAAAACAACAAAACGCUACAGGCAGGUGAGCCAAACCUGUGAAGAGCAAUCAGCAUCAGUGCCUACGUGCCCUACUAUGUGCCCAGGGAUGUAAACGCUGGUUGAAAUACUACAAGCCCGUGUUUCCCUUUGGUGAGAAGGCCAAGAAGAUUGCUGAUCAGGUGUAAAUCUGAUUCAUCUAUGGACUGUGCUGCUUGAUGAUGUUUGAAUGGAAGUUUUUGAUUGCCCGUGGAAAGAAGUUGAAGUAUUAGUGGGGCAGGUGGUCAGAUGGCUUUCCUUUAAUGAGGAGAGAUGCAGCGGGACGGAUCUCAGCUUUGCUGGCACGUCUCUUACACCCCAUCACCUUUCCUUGGCGUUACUUUUUUUCUCGGCUUUGCGAGGGAGCAGAGGUCACUCGAAACCUGAAGUGAGCAAACAUGAGUGCGCUUGAUUUGACUUCAAUCCUUGAUUUUCUGGAAAAGGCCAACUUAACGGAGAUCAACUGGAUGUGCAACAACAGCGACUGCAUCACAGUAGAUGCGACGACAUGCCCUGGCACGCUCAACAAAAGUGCCCUGCUCUACACCCUGUCCUUCUUCUGCAUCUUUAUCUUUGUCAUAGGGCUGGUGGCCAACUCUGUUGUGGUGUGGGUCAAUCUCCAAGCCAAAAUGACUGGCUAUGAAACCCAUCUCUACAUCUUCAAUUUGGCUGUCGCCGAUCUGUGUGUUGUCAUCACGCUUCCUGUUUGGGUUGUCUCCCUCGUCCAGCAUAACCAAUGGCACAUGGGAGAAAUCACGUGCAAAAUAACUCACCUUAUAUUUUCGAUCAACUUGUACGGCAGCAUCUUCUUCCUGGCAUGCAUGAGCGUGGACCGCUACCUCUCAGUUGCCUAUUUCACUAAUUCUAGUAACCGCAAGAAGAAGAUCGUCCGCCGCUGCAUCUGCAUCCUGGUGUGGCUUCUUGCCUUUUCUGCAUCUCUGCCAGACACCUAUUUCCUUAAGACAGUCUCUACCAGCAACGAGACCUACUGCCGCCCCGCGUAUCCCGAGGAGAGCUUCAAAGAGUGGUUGAUUGGCAUGGAGCUCAUCUCUGUCGUUUUGGGCUUCCUUAUCCCUUUUCCAGUCAUUGCUCUCUUUUACUUCCUCCUUGCGAAGACCAUCUCUGCCUCCAGCGACCAAGAGAGGAAGAGCAGCGGGAAGAUCAUCUUCUCCUAUGUUGUGGUGUUUCUUGUCUGCUGGCUACCCUACCAUACAACUGUCCUUCUCGACAUCUUCUACAGCCUUCAUUUCAUACCCUUCAGUUGUCAAAUGGAGAACUUCUUGUACGCCACGCUUCACAUCACUCAGUGUUUCUCUCUAGUCCAUUGCUGUGUCAACCCCAUCCUCUAUAGCUUCAUUAAUCGCAAUUACAGAUACGAGCUCAUGAAAGCCUUUAUUUUCAAGUACUCUGCCAAAACUGGUCUCACUAAGCUUAUUGAUGCUUCCAGAGUGUCAGAAGCAGAAUACUCUGCUCUGGAGCAAAAUACCAAAUGACUGCAACUCCAGAAAGAACCCUCCUUGACUCUCUGACUUUUUUUUUUUCCCCCUUUCCUUAUGCUUGUUAUGAACGGGGCAUGAAUUACAGCCUACAAAAGAGAAAUAGCAAACUGUAAUUUAAGAGUAGAAUCAGGCACAAUAUGGAAGUGGUACCAAAACUAAGCGUUUUGUUUGUGUGUUUUGUUUGAUCUCCUCCUAGCCCAGUCUGGACUUCUUGACAAUGCUAUGCAAAUGGAACUGACUUCCUAGCAGACAAAGCCAUUGUGUACCAUAGAUAACACGUGUUUUCAGGAUAAGCUUUUUCCUCCCGUGUGUAGAUUCCCUUUUGUCUCAUUGUAUAUGUUAUAUAUAUAGUGUGUUGUAUUUAAAAGCUCAAGACUUUAUUUUCUGGCUAUUGGUGUACCUUAUACAAUUGUAUUUGAAAUUGAAAUAUAUUUUUAUCAUGUAUUUGAUGUAUAUUGCUGUUGAGUGUAUCCAGAGUGCUGUAGUCUGAGUGUUAGACUGCCAUUUGGUUUUAACUAUCCUUGGUAAGAGGAUGACUAUAAAAGGCAGUAUGGCAGUGAUCUCUGACGUGCAUCCUCACUGGCUGGCACGAUUCAUUGACCAUAGCUUUAUGUGGUGGUCAUACCCAUGUGUCUGGAGCAUGAAAUCUAUGUGUUGUAAUAUAGCUACCAUCAUGUUAAAAUUAACAGUAUUGUAAGAGUUGUUAACUCCUAUGCCCAAACUUCACAAACCUAUAUCCUUAUGCACAGAAUGAAUGAUCUUGCUUCUGAGAGUUGUCUCUAUUUGUAAGUUAUUUUUGUAAAAUAAAGAUCUGGAAAAACUA